CCAUCUCAUCGACAUUUCUUAUGCAGCAAGCAAAACCGGUGCCCUCCUUCGUCGUGUGGAACUGGAACAGGCACGGCGUCGUGAUGGAUGUGUGGCCGCUCUUCUUCCUCUCCCUCGGCUUAUCCACUUUGCUCGCCUUCCUCCUCCGCCGUCUCCUCCCCGGUGGAGUAUCUGAUCGGGCCCUCCCUCCAGGCCCCCUGUCGGUUCCGAUCAUCGGCAAUCUUCUCUGGUUGCGCCGCUCCCCUCGCAACAUCGUCAACGUGCUCCGCCAGUGCCACGCACGAUACGGCCCCAUCUUCACGCUCCGCUUCGGAUCCCGCCGCUCCAUCUUCGUCGCCGAUCGCCAAAUCACCCACAAAGCUCUCAUCGAGCUCGGCUCUACUUUUGCUGACCGCCCCUCGCCACUUCCUGUCACCCGGAUUGUCACCGCUGGCCAGCUCUUGAUCUCCUCAACCGCGUACGGCCCUCUCUGGCGCAUACUCCGCCGCAACCUCACCGCCGAAAUCCUCCACCCCACCCGCGUCAAGUCCUUCGCCGGAGGCCGCGCCUGGGUCCUCCGCGUCCUUCGUGAGCACCUCCUAGCCCAGGCGGCCGCUCAAGGCGGGGUCGUCGUUGCAAAAGAGAGCUUUCAGUUCGCCAUGUUCUGCUUGCUGGUGUUCAUGUGCUUCGGCGAGAAGCUUGGGGAGGAAACCGUGCGGGAGAUCGCGCACACGCAGAGGAGCCUGCUGAUUUACCGUAAUAAACUCGCCGUGCUCCUCAUCGCACCGAGAAUCACGCAAUACCUGUUCCGGAAUCGGUUGAGAACGGCCAUGGCGAUGAUGGAGAAGCAGAGGCAGCUGUUCUUUCCCCUGAUCGAUGCCCCAAGAAGUCAAAAACAGAGCAAGGAAAAAGAAGAGGAGCGAUUCGUGUACUCCUACGUCGACUCGCUCCUCAACCUCGAACUCCCUGAUGAAGAAGGCAGCCGAAAACUCUCCGACGAGGAGAUUAUAGGCCUGUGCUCGGAGUUCCUGAACGGUGGCACCGACACGACGGCGACGGCGCUGGAGUGGACCAUGGCCAACCUUGUGAAGCACCGAGAAGUACAGGAAAAGCUGCGAGAGGAGAUCGAUAGCGUCGUUACGAAAGGGGAGGAGAUCAAGGAGGAGGAGUUACAGAGGAUGGUGUACUUGAAGGCGGUGAUCCUGGAGGUGCUGCGCCUCCACCCACCUGGGCACGUCGUGCUGCCGCACGCGGUGACAGAGGACGUGAGUCUCUGCGGGUACAUGAUCCCCAAAGGCGGUGCGUCGGUCAAUUUCUUGGUGGCGGAGAUGGGCCGGGACGGGCGGGUGUGGGCGGAGCCGAUGGAGUUCCGGCCCGAACGGUUCCUUCAAGGCGGCGAGGGAGAGUCGGUGGAUCUUACCGGAAGCAGGGAGAUCCGGAUGAUGCCGUUCGGGGCGGGGAGGCGGAUCUGCCCCGGAAUGGGGGUGGCAAUGCUCCACCUGGAGUAUCUGGUGGCGAAUCUGGUGAGGGAGUUCGAGUGGAAGGCAGUGGAGGGGGACGAGAUCGACCUGGCGGCGGAGAAGUUCGAGUUCACCGUCGUGAUGAAGGAUCCGCUGCGAGCGAGGAUCCUCUCCAGGAAGAUGACGGCGCAGGAGGUGUGACGUGAUUAGUAAGUGCUGACUGUAUACUCUCCUCUUUCCUGGUGGCGCCCGCGAAGUCGACGAGGUUGCGGCGGGGGAAGGCAAAGUGGCGGAGUUGCCAGGCGGACGAUGCCGACGUUGUAUUGAGGGUGGAAGUGGGUGGGGUGGGGCACCCCGACGUCGUUCGACUCCCACGAUUGACGCUCGAUCAGGAACUUGAAGGAUUUUUUACAUUUGGUCGAGCAGUAGGAAGUUACUAUCCCCCAAAUUGUAAUUCGCUUUUUGUAAUUUUGCAAUUAACUAGUGAUUGUUUAACGAAAGCACUCUCAUGUAUGGGUAAUUACUAAUGAAA